AUGCCGCCGCCCGCGCUGCCCUGGCUGCUGCUCCUGGCCGCGGCCGCCGCCCUGCCGGCGCUGGGGCCCCGGGCGGCCGCCUGGGAGCUGCGCGUGCCCGGCGGCGCCCGCGCCUUCGCCCUGGGCCCCGGCUGGACCUACGCGCUGGACGCGGCGCGCACCCCGCGGGCGCUCCGGGCGGCGCUGGACGUGAGCCGCGACGGGCGGCUGGGCGGGCGGCGGCGCGGGCCGGGCCCGGGGCCCCGCGGCUGCCCGCGCCUCGGGGGCCGCCCGCUGCCGCUGCACGUCCGCCUGGCGGCCCGCGGCGCCCCGGCCGAGCUGAGCCUCCGCCUGCGGGCGCGCGUGUCCGGCUCGGGCUGCGGCGCCCGGCCCCGGCCCCGGCCCCGCCGCGCCGUCCGCGCCGAGCUGCGCGCCAGGGCCGUGCUGACCGGGCCCGGCGCGGCGCUCUGCUUCCCGGGCCCCGGCGGCGGGGCCGCCCUGCACACGGCGCUGGCCGCGCUGACCACGUUCCCGGCCUGCAGCUGCCCGCCGCGCCCCGGCCGCCCCUGCCCGCGCCGGCCCGUCUGCCUGCCGCCCGGCCGCUCGGCCCGCCUGCGCCUGCGGUGCGCCCUGCGGCGCGCGCCCGGCGCCGUCCGCGUGGAGCUGGCGCUGGAGGCGGCCGCGGGGGCGCCCUCCCCGCCGCCGCCGCCGCCGCCGGGGCCGCUUGAGGCCGGGGCGCGGGCCGGGGCGGCGCGGCGGGCCCGGCGGGGCGCCGGCGGCGGCGGCGGCACCAGCCCCCAGUUCCCGCUGCCCAGCUACCAGGUGUCGGUGCCCGAGAACGAGCCGGCGGGCACGGCGGUCAUCGAGCUGCGCGCGCACGACCCGGACGAGGGCGAGGCGGGCCGCCUGAGCUACCGGAUGGAGGCGCUGUUCGACGAGCGCUCCGCCGGCUUCUUCCGCAUCGACGCGGACACGGGCGCCGUGAGCACGGCGCGCCCGCUGGACCGCGAGGCCAAGGACACGCACGUGCUCAGGGUGAGCGCCGCGGACCACGGCCGGCCGCCGCGCUCGGCCGCCACCUACCUCACCGUCACCGUGGGCGACGCCAACGACCACGCGCCGGCCUUCGAGCGGCCCGAGUACCGCGUGCGCGUGCGCGAGAACCUGGAGCCGGGCUGCGAGGUGCUGACGGUGCGCGCGGCCGACGGCGACGCGCCCUCCAACGCCGACGUGCGCUACCGCCUGCUCGGGGGCGCGCGCGGCGUCUUCGAGAUCGACGCGCGCUCCGGCGUGGUGCGCACGCGCGCGGCCGUGGACCGCGAGGAGGAGGCCGAGUACCGGCUGCUGGUGGAGGCCGACGACCAGGGCCGCAGCCCCGGCCCGCUCAGUGCCACGGCCGCCGUGCACAUCGCCGUGGAGGACGAGAACGACAACUACCCGCAGUUCAGCGAGGCGCGCUACGCCGUGCGCGUGCCCGAGGACGUGGCGCCGGACACGCCGGUGCUGCGCGUGCGCGCCACGGACCGCGACGCGGGCCAGAACGCGGCGCUGCACUACAGCAUCGUGAGCGGCAACCUCCGGGGCCAGUUCCACCUGCACGCGCUCAGCGGCAGCCUGGACGUGGUGCGCCCGCUGGACUUCGAGGCCGUGCGCGAGUACACGCUGCGCGUGCGGGCGCAGGACGGCGGCCGGCCGCCGCUCGCCAACGCCUCGGGGCUGGUGACGGUGACGGUGCUGGACGUGAACGACAACGCGCCCAUCUUCGUGAGCAGCCCGUUCCAGGCGGCCGUGCUGGAGAGCGUGCCGCCGGGCCACUCGGUGCUGCACAUCCAGGCGGUGGACGCGGACGCCGGGGAGAACGCGCGCCUGCGCUACCGCCUGGUGGACACGGCCCCGGCCCCCGCGGGCGGCGCGGGCGCCCCGGGCCCCGCCUCGGCCUCGGCCUCGGCCGCCGACUUCCCUUUCCAGAUCCACAACAGCUCGGGCUGGAUCACCGUGCGCGCCGGGCUGGACCGCGAGGCCGUGGAGCGCUACAGCUUCGCUGUGGAGGCGGUGGACCACGGCUCGCCGCCCAUGAGCGCCUCGGCCAGCGUGUCCAUCACCGUCCUGGACGUGAACGACAACGACCCCGCGUUCACGCAGCCGGCCUACGAGCUGCGCCUGAAUGAGGACGCGGCCGUGGGCAGCAGCGUGCUGACCCUGAGCGCCGUGGACCGCGACGCUCACAGCGUCCUCACCUACCAGCUCACCGGCGGCAACACCCGCAACCGCUUCGCGCUCAGCAGCCAGAGCGGCGGCGGCCUCCUCACGCUGGCGCUGCCGCUGGACUACAAGCAGGAGCGGCAGUUUGUGCUGGCCGUGACCGCCUCGGACGGCACGCGCUCGCACACCGUGCAGGUCUUCAUCAACGUCACGGACGCCAACACGCACCGGCCCGUGUUCCAGAGCUCGCACUACACCGUGAGCGUGCGCGAGGACCGGCCCGCCGGCACCUCCGUGGCCACCAUCGGCGCCACGGACGAGGACACGGGCGAGAACGCGCGCAUCACCUACGUGCUGGAGGACCCGGUGCCGCAGUUCCGCAUCGACCCCGACAGCGGCACCGUCUACACGCUGACGGAGCUGGACUACGAGGACCAGGCGGCCUACACGCUGGCCAUCACCGCCCGGGACAACGGCAUCCCCCAGAAGUCCGACACCACCUCCCUGGAGAUCCUCGUCCUGGACGCCAACGACAACGCGCCCCGGUUCCUGCGUGACUUCUACCAGGGCUCCGUGUUCGAGGACGCGCCCCCGUCCACCAGCGUCCUCCAGGUCUCCGCCACCGACCGGGACUCGGGCCCCAACGGCCGCCUGCUCUACACCUUCCAGGGCGGCGGGGACGACGGCGACGGGGACUUCUACAUCGAGCCCACGUCCGGCGUGAUCCGCACGCAGCGCCGGCUGGACCGGGAGAACGUGGCCGUGUACGCGCUCCGGGUCCUGGCCGUGGACCGGGGCAGCCCCGCGCCCCUGAGCGCCUCCGUGGACGUCCAGGUGGCCGUCCUGGACAUCAACGACAACGCCCCCGUGUUCGAGCGGGACGAGCUGGAGCUGCUGGUGGAGGAGAACCGCCCCGUGGGCUCCGUGGUGGCCCGCAUCCGCGCCCACGACCCCGACGAGGGCCCCAACGCCCAGAUCAUGUACCAGAUCGUGGAGGGCAACGCGCCCGAGGUCUUCCAGCUGGACCUGCUGAGCGGCGACCUGCGGGCGCUGGCCGAGCUGGACUUCGAGGCGCGACGGGAGUACGUGCUGGUGGUGCAGGCCACCUCGGCCCCGCUGGUCAGCCGGGCCACCGUGCGCGUGCGCCUCCUGGACCAGAACGACAACCCGCCCGUGCUACCCGACUUCCAGAUCCUCUUCAACAACUACGUCACCGAUAAGGCCAGCAGCUUCCCCGCCGGCGUGAUCGGCCGCGUGCCGGCCCACGACCCCGACCUCUCCGACAGCCUCAACUACACCUUCCUGCGGGGCAACGAGCUGCGGCUGCUGCUCCUGGACGCCGCCACGGGCGAGCUGCAGCUCAGCCGGGCCCUGGACAGCAACCGCCCGCUGGAGGCGCACAUGGAGGUGUCUGUUUCCGACGGCGUCCACAGCGUCACGGCGCUCUGCACCCUGCGGGUGACCAUCGUCACGGACGACAUGCUGACCAACAGCGUGACGGUGCGCCUGGAGGACAUGUCGCAGGAGCAGUUCCUGUCGCCGCUGCUGGCGCGCUUCGUGGAGGGCGUGGCCGCCGUGCUGUCCACCCGCGCGGACGCCGUCUUCGUCUUCAACGUGCAGAACGACACGGACGUGCGCGCCCGCAUCCUGAACGUGACCUUCUCCGCCCUGCUGCCCGGCGAUGGCGGCGAUGGCGGCGGCCGCUUCCUGCCCGCCGAGGACCUGCAGGAGCGCAUCUACCUGAACCGCAUGCUGCUCGCCGCCGUGUCCGCGCAGCGCGUGCUGCCCUUCGACGACAACAUCUGCCUGCGCGAGCCCUGCGAGAACUACAUGAAGUGCGUGUCCGUGCUGCGCUUCGACUCGUCCGCGCCCUUCCUGGCCUCCGCCUCCGUGCUCUUCCGGCCCAUCCACCCGGUGCACGGGCUGCGCUGCCGCUGCCCGCCCGGCUUCACCGGCGACUCCUGCGAGACCGAGGUGGACCUGUGCUACUCCAGCCCCUGCGGCGCCCACGGCCGCUGCCGCAGCCGCGAGGGUGGCUACACCUGCGCCUGCCAGGAGGGCUUCACGGGCGACCGCUGCGAGGUGAACGCCCGCGCGGGCCGCUGCGCCCUCGGCGUGUGCAAGAACGGCGGCACCUGCGUGAACCUGCUCGUCGGCGGCUUCCACUGCGUGUGCCCGCCCGGCGGGUUCGAGAGGCCCUACUGCGAGGUGCCCGCCCGCGGCUUCCCGCCCCGCUCCUUCGUCACCUUCCGCGGCCUGCGCCAGCGCUUCCGCUUCAGCGUCUCGCUCGCGUUCGCCACGCGGGAGCCGGACGGGCUGCUGCUGUACAACGGCCGCUUCAACGAGAAGCACGACUUCCUGGCGCUGGAGGUGGUGGGCGAGCAGGUGCAGCUCACCUUCUCGGCAGGUGAGACCACGACCACGGUGGCCCCGCAGGUGCCGGGGGGCGUGAGUGACGGGCAGUGGCACGUGGUGCAGGUGCAGUAUUACAACAAGCCGCACAUCGGCCGCCUGGGCCUGCCCCACGGGCCGUCCGGGGAGAAGGUGGCCGUGGUGACCGUGGACGACUGUGACACGGCCGUGGCCCUGCGCUUCGGCGGCGCCGUCGGCAACUACACCUGCGCGGCCCAGGGCACGCAGAGCGGCUCCAAGAAAUCGCUGGACCUGACGGGUCCGCUGCUCCUGGGCGGCGUGCCCGACCUGCCCGAGGCCUUCCCGGUGCGCAGCCACCAGUUCGUGGGCUGCAUGCGCAACCUGUCCAUCGACGGCCACAGCGUGGACAUGGCCGGCUUCAUCGCCAACAACGGCACCACGGCAGGCUGCGCCGCCCUGCGGGACUUCUGCGAGGGGACCUGGUGCCAGAACGGGGGCAGCUGUGUGAGCCGCUGGAACACGCACCUGUGCCGCUGCCCGCUGCGCUUCGGCGGGAAGAACUGCGAGCACGUCAUGCCGUACCCCCAGCUCUUCGGCGGGGAGAGCGUCGUGUCCUGGAGCGACCUGGACGUCACCAUCUCGGUGCCCUGGUACCUGGGGCUCAUGUUCCGGACCCGGGCGGCGGACGGCGUGCUGAUGGAGGCCACGGCGGGCGUGUCCUCCCGGCUCCACCUCCAGAUCCUGGACAGCCACGUGCAGUUCUCCGUGGCCCAUGACCCCGAGGACGUGGCGUCCGUGCGGCUGUCCCGGUCGCGCGUGACGGACGGGGAGUGGCACCACCUGCUGGUUGAGCUCAAGAGCGCCAAGGAGGGCAAGGACAUCAAGUACCUGGCGGUGCUGACCCUGGACUACGGCGCGGACCAGGGCACGGUGCAGAUCGGGAGCCGGCUCCCGGGGCUGCGGCUGCGCAGCGUGGUGCUCGGCGGCGUGCCGGAGGACACCGUGUCCGUGCGCCGCGGCUUCCGGGGCUGCAUGCAGGGCGUGAGGAUGGGGGAGACAGCCACCAACGUCGCCACGCUGAACAUGGACGACGCCCUCAAGGUCAGGGUGAAGGACGGCUGCGACAUGGGCGAGGCCUGUGCCUCCAGCCCCUGCCCCCCGCACAGCCGCUGCCUGGAGGCCUGGGACGGCUACUCCUGCGAGUGCGACCGAGGGUACUUCGGCGGGAAGUGUGUGGACGCGUGUCAGCUGAACCCGUGUGAGCACGCGGGGGCCUGCGUGCACAGCCCCGGCUCCCCGCGGGGCUACACGUGUGAGUGCGGGGCCAGCCGCUAUGGGCCGUACUGCGAGAACAGGAUCGACCUCCCGUGCCCCAGAGGCUGGUGGGGGAGCCCCGUGUGCGGCCCUUGCCACUGUGCAGUGGACAGAGGCUUCGACCCGGACUGCAACAAGACCAGCGGGCAGUGCCAGUGCAAGGAGAACCACUACCAGCCCCCGGGCCAGGACGCCUGCCUGCCCUGCGACUGCCUCCCGCACGGCUCCCUCAGCCGCGCCUGCGACGCCGCCACCGGCCAGUGCGCCUGCCGGCCCGGCGUCCUCGGCCGCCAGUGCAACCGCUGCGACAGCCCCUUCGCCGAGGUCACCGCGCUCGGCUGCCAAGUGAUCUACAGCGGGUGCCCCAGAGCCUUCGAAGCCGGCAUCUGGUGGCCGCAGACCAAGUUCGGGCAGCCCGCCGCGGUGCCGUGCCCCAGGGGCUCCGUGGGCACCGCCGUCCGGCACUGCAGCGGGGAGAAGGGCUGGCGGCCCCCCGAGCUCUUCAACUGCACGGCGGCCGCCUUCGUGGGGCUCGGAGCGGAGAACGAGAAGCUGAGCCGCAACGAGACGCAGCUGGACGGGCCGGGGGCGCUGCGGCUGGCCAAGGCGCUGGGCAACGCCACGCGGCAGGCGGCGGCGCUCUCCGGCGGGGACGUGCGCACGGCCGCCCAGCUGCUGGCCCGGCUCCUGCAGCACCAGAGCGGCCGGCAGGGCUUCGAGCUGGCCGCCACGCGGGACGCCGGCUUCCACCAGGACGUGGUUGGCGCGGGCAGCGCCCUGCUGGCCCCGGGCACCCGGGCCGUGUGGGAGCAGAUCCAGCGCGGCGAGGAGGGCGCCGCCCAGCUGCUGCGCGGGUUCGAGGACUACGGCCGCACCGUGGCCCGCAACCUGCGCCGCACCUACCUGCGGCCCUUCGUGCUCGUCACCGCCAACAUGAUCCUCGCCGUCGACGUCUUGGACAAGUCCAACUUCUCGGGAGCCUGGGUGCCGCGGUUCGAGGACGUGCGGGGGGCCUUCCCCUCGGAGCUGGUGUCCUCCGUCGUCUUCCCGGCCGACUUCUUCCGGCCGCCGGCGGGGCGAGGGGGGCCGGCGGGCAGGCCCGUCGGGGGCAAGGCCGUCCUGCAGACCCCGAGCCCCGGGCCCGGAGCCGAGAGCGAGGCCCCGCCCCGCAGGGAGAGGCACCCGGACCAGCCCGGCCAGUUCGCCGUCGCCCUGGUCAUCGUCCACCGGGCCCUGGGGCAGCUGCUGCCCGAGCGCUACGACCCCGACCGCCGCAGCCUCCGGCUGCCGGGCCGGCCGGUCAUCAACACGCCGGUGGUGAGCGCCGUGGUGCACAGCGAGGGGGCGCCGCUGCCCCGGCCCCCGCCCCGGCCCGUCCGCGUGCAGCUCGCGCUGCUGGAGACGCAGGAGCGCACCAAGCCCGUCUGCGUGUUCUGGAACCACUCCCUCACCCCCGGGGGCCCCGGAGGCUGGUCGGCCAAGGGCUGCGAGCUGCUGGCGCGGAACCGGACGCAUGUGACCUGCCAGUGCAGCCACCCCGCCAGCGUGGCCGUGCUCAUGGACGUCUCCCGACGCGAGCUCGGGGACGUCCUGCCCCUGAGGAUCGUCACCUACGCGGCCGUGGCGCUGUCGCUGGCGGCGCUGCUGGUGGCCUUCGUGCUGCUGGUGCUGGCGCGGCUGCGCUCCAACCUGCACAGCACCCACCGCAACCUCGUGGGCGCACUCUUCCUCUCGCAGCUGGUCUUCGUGGUGGGGGUCACCCAGACGGGAAACCCGUUUCUGUGCACGCUGGUGGCCAUCGCCCUGCACUACGUGUACAUGAGCGCCUUCGCCUGGACGCUGGUGGAGAGCCUGCACGUGUACCGCAUGCUGACCGAGGCGCGCAACAUCGACGCCGGCCCCAUGCGCUUCUACCACGUCGUGGGCUGGGGCCUCCCGGCCGUCCUCACAGGACUCGCUGUGGGCCUGGACCCCCAGGGCUACGGAAACCCCGACUUCUGCUGGCUGUCCCUGCGGGACACCCUGAUCUGGAGCUUCGUUGGGCCCAUCGGGACGGUUAUAAUUGUCAACACCGUGCUUUUCGUUCUGUCGGCCAAAGUCUCCUGCCAGCGGAAGCACCAUUACUACGAGAGGAAGGGGGUCGUCGCCCUGCUGCGGCCCUCCUUCCUGCUGCUGCUGCUCCUGGGCGCCACCUGGCUGCUGGGGCUGCUGGCCGUGAACAGCGACGCGCUGGCCCUCCACUACCUCUUUGCCGUCUCCAGCUGCCUGCAGGGCCUGUGCGUGCUCCUGUGCCACUGCGUGCUCAACGGGGAGGUGCGGAGGCACCUGAAGGGGGUGCUCGCCGGGCGGAAGCCGCAUCCGGACGACUCAGCCACCACCCGGGCCACCCUGCUGACGCGCUCCCUCAACUGCAACACCACCUACGGCGAGGAGCCCGCCGUGCUGCGCACCGCUCUGGGCGAGUCCACCGCCUCGCUGGACAGCGCCGGCAGGGACGAAGCCGGCCAGCAGCUCGGCGUGUGCUCUGGGCCGGCCAGGGGCCGCGGGGAGCCGGACCCACCCCUCCUCCCGAGGAACGGCAGGAAGCCCCCCGGCCACGACUCGGACUCGGACAGCGAGCUGUCCCCGGACGAGCAGAGCAGCUCCUUCGCCUCCUCACACUCGUCCGACAGCGAGGACGACAGGGCGGGGGCCCAGGACAAGUGGGACCCGGCCCGGGGCCCCGUCCACAGCACCCCCAAAGGAGACCCUGCAGCCAACCACGUGCCUGCGAGCUGGCCGGAUGGGAGCCCGGCUGGGAGCGACAGCGAGGAGCUGGCCGAGAAGCCGCCCCUGAAGGUGGAGACCAAGGUCAGCGUGGAGCUGCACCCAGACCAGCAGACCAACCACUGCCUGGACCGCCCCCCGGACGGGGAGGACGGCGCCCUGCCCAGGCCCGCGGGCGCCCCCUGCUCCCAGCCCCCUGAGCAGAGAAAAGGCAUCCUGAAGAACAAGGCCACCUACCCGCCCCCGCUGACCGAGAAGACCCCCCGGGCGCGGCUGCGGGAGAGGCUGGCCGAGUGCCAGCAGAGCCCCCUGUCCUCCCGCUCGUCCUCCCCGGGCUCCUGCGACGGCGUCCGCGGCCCCCACAGCACCGUCACCGUCACCGUCAAGGCCCCGCGCCGGGAGCCGGGGCGCGAGCACCUCAACGGGGCGGCCAUGAGCGUGUGCGUGGGGAGCGCCCAGGCCCACGGCUCCGACUCCGAGAAACCCUGA